AUUCUUUGACUUCGCUCUGAAAAUAUGGGUGGGGAGGAAGCUGCCCAGUGGGCCAAUCAGGAGGCGAGUGAGGGCGGCCAAUGGCUUGGCGAGAAGCUAGCUGGACGGACUAUGGACGAAUCAAGGCUGGGGGGGAGGGGUGAAGGGGAGGUGAGGGCGGGGCUUCUGGAUCCCACCAGGAGGGGGAGGGGGAGGCACCGCCCCCCACCCAGCUGUAGCCCAGCUGUGCGGGGCCCAGCCUGGAAAAAGGGGGCUGGGCCAGCAGCCCGCGCGGCCGUCCCCCCAGCCUUCCACUGCGCCUGUGCGAGCCACGCGCAUCCGCUCCCGGGACAGAGACCCAAGAAAAGUUGUGGCAAACUUUUUGGCUCAUUUCCCCGCCCCUCCUCCCUGCCAGGCCCGCCCCCCUGCGGAGCCGGGAAUUCCGAGGGGCGGAGCGCGCGCCGAGAUGCCGAGUGGGGGGGCCUGCCGUGGACCCCGGAGGCGGAGGACUGCAAGAGCUGUUUCGGGGCGGAGGCGGCUUCGCGCCCUUGGCCCUUCUGGACAGCCCGUUACCUUCUCUGUUGUCCCGACGGGGAAACUGAGGCCCUGAGCCCUAGGCACACGCGGGAGGGGGCGGUUGAAGGGGCAGGCAGAAAGCGCGGCCAGAAGCGGAGGGAAAACAAAGGGAGAAUCCCGGACAGACGGGGUGGGGGACGGACACUCACGGGAACCGAGACCCAAGUGGAGAGCUGGGUCUGGCACAGGGUGGGGGGCAGCGAGAAGAUCGGGAAACGCGUGGGGGGGGGCGGAGAAGGGGGACAGGCGGGGAGGGGGGCUGGGGAAAGCCCGAGGGAGGCGGAGAAGGAGGGAGGAACUUCCCAAAGUUGCAAAACAUGGCUACCGUGCCUGCCGAGCCGAGCGCGGGGCCGGCGGCUGCAGCCGCGGAGGAGGAGGAGGACGAGGACGAAGACGAGGCGCGCCAGCUCCUGCAGACUUUGCAAGCGGCCGAGGGUCAGCAACUGGUUCAAGAACCGGCGGCAGCGCGAUCGCACCGGGGUGGCCGGCGGCGGCGGCGGCGGCGGCGGCGGCGCGCCCUGCAAGAGCGAGUCUGAUGGGAACCCCACCACUGAGGAGGAGUCCAGUCGCAGUCCUGAGAACCUGGACAGGGGUGUGGCCGCUGGGGCCUCCGAGGCCCCCACCCAGAGCCCCAUCUUCCUGACCGGGGCCAGCCCCCCCACUCCCGGAGCCCCCUCCUCCAUCUUGGUGAACGGAGGCUUCUUGGCAGCCGGCAGCUCCCCAGCAGUGCUGCUCAACGGGAGCCCCGUCAUCAUCAACAGCCUGGCCCUGGGCGAGGCCUCGGGCCUGGGCCCCCUGCUGCUCACCGGGGGAGGGGCUCCCCCUCCCCCACAACCCAGUGCCCAGGGUGCCAGCCAGCCCAAGGCUGCCCUGGUCUUGGACCCUCAGACUGGGGAGGUUCGGCUGGAGGAACCCCAACCUGAAGCCCCUGAGACCAAAGGGGCUCAGAUGACUGCUUCGGGACUGGCUGGAGAGGAGGCCUCCGGGGCCCUGCCCCAAGUGGUGCCAGGCCCCAUCCCAGCUGCCACCUUCCCUCUGCCCCCAGGGCCAGUGCCCACCGUGGCUGCCCCGCAGGUAGUGCCACUCUCCCCAUCUCCCGGCUACCCUGCGAGCCUGGGCCCCACCUCUCAGCUGCUGAACCUGCCUCAGGUGGUGCCCACCUCCCAGGUGGUGACCCUGCCCCAGGCCGUGGGCCCAUUGCAGCUGCUGGCAGCCGGGCCGGGCAGCCCGGUGAAGGUGGCGGCCACAGCGGGCCCUGCCAACGUGCACCUCAUCAACUCCGGGCUGGGUGUCACCGCCCUGCAGCUUCCCACGGCCACGGCCCCAGGCAACUUCCUGCUGGCCAACCCUGUGUCCGGCAGCCCCAUCGUCACCGGGGUGGCGGUACAGCAGGGCAAGAUCAUCCUCACCGCCACCUUCCCCACCAGCAUGCUGGUCUCCCAGGUCCUGCCCCUGAAGCCAGAGCCUGCGAUCUCUGUCCCCGAGGGAGCCCUCCCGGUGGCUCCCAGCCCGGCCCUCCCGGAGCCCCAUACAUUGGGCACGCUGCCCCUGCAGCCCCCGCCACCGGGCCCGGCCACUCCUGCCGCCACCACCAGCCUGCCCUUCUCCCCGGACUCAGCCGGCCUCCUGCCUGGCUUCCCUGCACCCCCACCAGAAGGGCUGAUGCUGUCGUCUGCCACCGUGCCCACUGUGCCUGCUGUGCCCGUGUGGCCGGCGGGGCUGGAGCUGAGCUCGGGCACCGAGGGGCUUCUGGACGCGGACAAGGGGAUGGGCACGGCUGCCCACCCUGCGCUCAGGAUGGCCGAGCCCAGUGCACUGCUCCUGGGGGCCACAGCGGGGGCCGAGGUGGAGGAGGGGCUGGAGGCCGAGGCCAAGGUGCUGACCCAGCUGCAGUCGGUGCCUGUGGAGGAGCCGCUGGAGCUGUGACCGCGGGCCGCCAUGGCCACUCCUGACAAUGGUGCUCAAGACUCAGGGACCCUCAGAAACGCCUUGUCUCAAAGCCAUGAAGGUGUUGGAGGGGGGGGGCACCCAGAACGCCAUCCCCGUCUAUCUGGGGGUUCUCCUGAAUUGAGACUCUGCUCCUCUCUACCUGGAACACACCGCCCGGAGUUAAGGACCCUGUGGGAGGCUGCCUCUCCAGGCCUCCGGCCCAGGCCUGCCCAACUCCAUUAGUAAUUCCACCGAUCCCCAGAAUUCUCAGAACUGUGAGGAACCUGCGUGCAGAAGACACAGCCCCGGGGCCCAGAGAGGAGCUAGGCUGUGAGGUGGGAGGGGGGUUAGCCCCUUGGCCCCCUUCCCCCACACACACCCAAACUCAAAUCCACAUCAUCACCUCCAGCCCCAGACCAAAGAUUUACUCUCAUCCCCAGGGCAAUCCUGACCCGUGGCUAGUUUGUAUCCUAAAUCUUUAUUUUUCUAGAACCAUGUUAUGCUUCCAUUUCAAUUAAAUAGUUAACAGACAUUAGAACUGGCCAGGGUGUGGGUUAUCUGCCUACCCAGCUGCCCAAUGGAGAACUAGAGGACCCAACAGAGAACUGGAGGACUGAGAGCCUGGCUUCCCAAGGGAAGAGCUUGAAUUCAGGCCCCAACUUUGUAAACCACAGGCCCUGGGCCCUGAAGCCUUCUGAGUUGGCG